ACGUAGUAAGGCAAGCAGGUACAGAACCGCGCCGGCGCCGGCGACUCUGUGCAGGCACAGCCGAGGACGCCCUGUGGGCCUCGUGAGCCGGAAGUGCUUUUGCUUGUCUUUUCCGGUCCUCUUCAGCGGGCUUUGGCUGCAGGCGGUGCGAUUUCCUCUACAGGUUUGUGGGCUAGAGCUCCUGUGCGGUCCCUCCGCGGCCGGCACACGCCGAAUUCGAGAGAAGAUGGUGGGUCGGAACAGCGCUAUCGCCGCCGGCGUGUGCGGGGCCCUCUUCAUCGGCUAUUGCAUCUACUUCGACCGCAAGAGGCGAAGUGAUCCCAACUUCAAGAAUAGGCUUCGUGAACGAAGAAAGAAACAGAAGCUUGCCAAGGAGAGAGCUGGGCUUUCCAAGUUACCUGACCUUAAAGAUGCUGAAGCUGUUCAAAAAUUCUUCCUUGAAGAAAUACAGCUUGGUGAAGAGUUGCUAGCUCAAGGUGAAUAUGAGAAGGGUGUGGACCAUCUGACAAAUGCAAUUGCUGUGUGUGGACAGCCACAGCAGUUGCUGCAGGUGUUACAGCAAACUCUUCCACCACCAGUGUUCCAGAUGCUUCUCACUAAACUCCCAACAAUUAGUCAGAGAAUUGUAAGUGCUCAGAGCUUGGCUGAAGAUGAUGUGGAAUGAAAAACAAAUCUGAACAUAAUAAAAUUUCAAAAAGAUUUUAAAAAUUCUUAGCUUAGAAGUUGAACAGCUGUGGGGGAAUAAGGGCAAAUGUGAUUGUUUAUGGACUGUCCUACACUGAAAUCUACCAAAGUUAACGUUUACUUUGUGUAGAUCCAUUUGUCUUUUUAUUUAUUUUUCCCAGUGAAAAGUGUAUUUUAAUAGAGAGCCUUUCAUUUUAUAAAAACACUAAGUUACCAAAAUACAGAUUUUGUUUAUUCCUUAAACCUACAGUUAAAAUGUACAUACAACAUUAAAAAACCCAGUGCUUAGUUUUAAAAGAUAACAAAAGGGCUGGAAUUGUAGCUGAGUGUAGAGCACUUGUCUAAUGUCUAUGAGGCCUUAGGUUUGACCCCAGCACCAUGAAAAAGGAAAACAGUGAAAAAGUGUAGUAGAGUGGUGAACGUACAUUUUUAAAGCUAGCACAUUUUCUUAUUGAGAGUUAGAUAUUGAUUGUGUUUUUGAAUAGUGUUAAAAUGAGAGAUCCUUUCUUUCCAUUUACUCUUAAAAGAUAUAUGGUGUGCUGCAGUGCUGUACUAAUGGCUCCACCUCUUCACUCUUUAUCAGUCUUGAGCUAUUUUAUUUAAAUCACCGUACUUAAUGUUUCUGGGUAUUUAUUUCCUUGUAUUUUAAGUAUAACUACAAAUAGUACUGGGAAUUAGAUAACAUGUACCUAAUCUCCCCAUAUGACCUUCACUAGUUAAUGUCUGCUCACUCUCCUCAUUUAUAAAACCAGGGAAAUCACUGAUGAUUUUUGACAUGUCUCUUUCAGCUUCCCAUUCUUUUGCUUCUGUUCAGCAUCUUCAAAUUUACCUUCGCCUGAGGAAUGUAUUUGGGCAACCCAGACUUGGAGUUUUUUAAUGUUCUGAAUUUUGCAUGCUUGCCUGACUUAGUAUUUCUGAAUUGAUCUUUUGAUUUUCACUGGAAUUAGACAGUUCUGUGACUAUGUAAAUUUGAAAAUUUACCUUUAAGGUAGCUGGAUCAUCUGCCUAUAAAAAUGUUUGUCCCCUUUUUGCUUUCAUCUUCUGUAUAUUUCUGAUUGAUUAAUGUAUCUCAUACAAUGACAGUGGGAUAUAAUACUAACUAAAGACUUGAAUAGAGUUUGUGGGAUCUUUUACUCUCACAGUGAGUGAGUAUUAUCUGCCAUUUCAUAAUUGAGUCAGUUUCAGAAUUGAGAAUAAAGAUCUUUGGUACUUAAAGGCA